AUAAAAUUGUUUGAAGAUAAUUAUCAAAUAUAUAUUUUUUUUGUUAUUAUAUUGUAUGAAGUGUCAUACUUUUAACAGAAUAAAGUACUUGGUUAACCAUAUAUAUAGAUAUAUUAAUUUGAGUUUUUCGGAACUGAUUGUCUAAGUUGUUUGAAUAAUUAUGGAAGAUCUAAAGAACGUUUACAUUUCGCCGCUUCCGGAUUCCCCAUACGUAAAACCUUUUAGAUUUAAUUACACGCAAAAUGGUAAAGAAAAGACCUGGGAUCUGUUGGAGGUUCACGACAGCGUGGCUAUAGUAGUUUUCAAUGUCUCCAGAAAGGUCAUGAUAUUUGUUAAGCAAUUUCGUCCAGCAAUUUACUAUAACUGCAUUCACCCCGAUGACAGAGAAUUAAAUGUUAUAGAUACUAACAAGUAUCCAGCAUCUCUGGGUAUAGCCUUGGAGAUGUGUGCUGGUAUCAUUGAUAAAAACAAGUCUGUUGAACACAUUGCUCAAGAAGAGGUCUUAGAGGAGUGUGGAUAUGAUGUACCUCUUGAAAAGCUGCACAAAAUAACUUCGUAUAGGUCUGGUGUUGGUGUGCAGGGAUCACUACAGACAUUCUUUUACUGUGAAGUCACUGAUGAUAUGAAGACUGAACAAGGUGGUGGUGUUGAUGACGAAAUUAUAGAUGUGGUUGAAAAAACUAUUCCCGAAAUUGAAGAAAUGGUCAAUUCACCGGGACCCAUUCCGAGUCCACCUAGUUGCCUCUUUGCCUUGAUGUGGUUCUUGCAUUACAAAGCAGAUAAAUACCGAAAGUAGGUAAAAAUAGCUCAUUCAUAAUGAAAUUUAUUGUUAUAAAUUUAUAUUGUUCAUUACAAUAGAUUUUAUACUUAGCGCAGAAUUGUAGAAAUGUAGUUAAUUAACCAUUGUUCAUAUACAGUAACAGCAUUUUACAUUUUCCAUUACGUAAAUUUAAACAUAAAAUUUUAUUUUUGACAAAUUCAAUAGAAAAAUAGUUGUACCCUAUUUCAAUAAGCAUAUAACCUUUACAGUUUGUCAGAACAAUGAGAAUGGUUUUUAUUUCACCAAAGGUUUUUAUUUAAUCGUUGCAUAUUGUAAAAGCCUUAAUAUUUUGGGUGUUCCUAGUUCUUAGUGCAUCCAUAUUCCAUACUUUCUUCCAAAGUUCCAUAUAAAUUAAAAUACGGUCACAAUUUUUUUUCUUUUCAAUAUAUAUUUGAAUAUAACAAUAGUAACUGUUAAGCAUUUAUUGCUUAAAUCUUACAUACUGUAUGUAUUCCUUGUGUAAAAUGCAUAUAUGAUAUUCAUAUUGCCACAUCAAUUGUCUAAAUUUAAAGUGGGUACAAUCUCCAAAAUGCACUGUAUCUUCUGAUCCUACAAAGAAUCUCAUUUCUUUGUAUAAAUAGAUUAUAUACGAUAAUCUGCAUCCAACUUCUUUUGUAAGGAAAUUUUAUGUGUAAAUCUAGGAAGUGACAAACAUUCUUAAUAAAAGACACGCCUUAUUCAGUAAUAUAUAAGAGACAUCUAAGUACAUUUUCGCGUUACAUAAUAACGGCAAAGGUCAAGAUUACUGUUGUUAUUAACCUAUGUUUAACUUGUAUGAUCCAGUUACUAGUGUAUUUAUUUGAAGUUAAAAUUGCUUCUGAAGUAUAUAUACGUAUAAAUUAUCCUGUUGAGUUGUCAGUACCAUUUAAAUUUUAUUUUUUUUAUAAGCAAUACAAUAAGCAUUGGUUAAUUAUUUCGUAUGUAUGUCGAAUGUUUCGAAUUGUAAAAUAACAAUUUGUAAGUAUUAUUACAUAGGCUAUACAUGUAAAGGAUUGGUAUAUGUAAAUAAUUGUGUGAAAAGUAGUAUAUUCUACUAUUAAUGAACUUUAUUUAUUUUUGUUUUCAUUGUAAAUUGGAAAGAGGUUGUUUUUGUAUUAUUAUGUAUUCUUAUUUAUUGUUAUAAAAAAUUUACUAUUUUAAGUACAAUGUAAUUAUGUAGAAUAUUAUAUUUAUCAUAUGAUAAGUUAUCGAAAGACGAUCCUAGAUAAUGAUUGCUCACUUAACGUGGAUAUGAAAACGUAAAUAUUCCUAUAACUAAAUGCAUCAUAUUGUUAAUUAUAUAAUCCGGUUUCUUUUACGUUAUUAAUCGACAAUAACGUAAAAUAAAACGGAUAUAUACAUGUCAAGAAUACCUCGAUAAAUUACGUAAAUAAAAUCUGGAAAUCUAAUAAUAAUAUCAUACAUUCUUAAUUAGUAAAGCAUUUGAUAAUAAAUUGUUUUAUGUCAGCA